AGAAUUUCGAGUGGGAAGCAACCAAAAAAAAACAAAGAGAGAGAGAGAGAGAGAGAGAGAGAGACAAAGCGUUUCAGAGAGAGAGAAAGAGAAUUCUUGUUUCUGAGCCUUUCUCCGCUGCUCUCCCACAAACCCCCUUUCGUCUUCGCCUCUCUCUUUCUCUUUCUAUGAUCUGAUCGCUGAAAUUUUUGGAAAAACCUUCACAUUUUCGACUCCUUUUCCUUGUUUUCUUUCUUCAUUCCAUCUCUUUGGAACAGAAUUUUGAUCGCUUUUGUACAUUUCCCCCUUUUUGUUCUUCGAUUAACCUAUCCAUUUCGCGCUGACAAAACCCUAACUCGCGGGUUUUUUUUUUUGUUUGUUUUCAUGGCUGCUACUAAUUUGUCUGAUAACAAUCCGGCAAUGGCUACCGGCGUUCAUCAUUCUCGUCAUUCCGGUCAAAACAUAAGUAGCCCUAAAUCACGCCGCUCUCCACGUCCAGUGUCGUCGCCGUGGACUCAGAUUGUCCGUGGUGAGUUGGAAAUUCCUGCUGUUGUUCCGUCUUCACCAUCGAAUGUGACAUCUUCGGCGGCUAUUGUUGAGCCGCGUUCUCCUUCGCCUUCUUCUUCACCGUCCUCCUCUUUAACUGUGGAAGAACCAGCUGGAGCUGAGAGAUCAGAUAGUGGGAAUGAGUCACUGUCCAAUGCGGGAAAUAAGCCUGCCUGGAAUAAGCUGUCUAAUGGGGCCGUGGAGGUAGGGCCUGUUAUGGGGGCUGUAUCUUGGCCAGCUUUAUCGGAGUCCACUCGGUUUACAAAUAAAUCGUCUUCGGAUUCGCCGAAAGAUUCAGCCGAUGGAUCUGCUGGCCCUGCAUGCGAGGGGACAGGAAAUCCACCAUCCUCACCGUAUAAAAAAGGUAUUAGUGCAAGUCCAAGUCCAAAUCCAACUCCAGCUGCAACUCCAACCCUAACUCCAACUCCAGUUGCAACUCCAACCCUAACUCCAACUCAUCGUCAGAAGUCGAUGAAGCGUAGUGGUGCUGCCAGUUCAUACAGUGGUGGUGUCUCUCAACAAUCGGCAACUUCAGUUUCUACAAUUGAUACAACUCCUAGUAAUCCUUCGUCUAAGGACCACAUGCAGAGGAAUUCAUUUGCCUCACAAUCACACAAUGAUCAUAAUUAUCAACAUCAACAUCAACCUAAUUCAUUUAGGAGUCGUGGGUCUGGUUAUCCACGUGGUGACAGUUCUCACCAUCACAACCAUGGCUCCAGGCGUGAUCAAGACCGUGGAAACCAUGAUUGGAAUCCCCAUCGAAAUUAUGGACAGCCUCAGAGAGUUGUUCAAAGAUAUAUAAGGCCUCCUCCUCCCCCUAGUAAUGCUACCUUUAUUCCUUCAUCUAUGAGGCCUCUCGGGGGUCCUAUACCUUUCCAUGAAUUUGUGCCUCCGGUGGUAUAUGUUGGGGCUCCUCCUCAAGAGGCCCUUAGAAGUGUACCUUUUGUGGCUCCAAUGCCACCUAAUGCAGUCUUUUUUCCUGCUUCAGACCCUCAGUUAUAUGCUAGGAUAGUCCAUCAGAUAGAAUACUAUUUCAGCGAUGAGAACUUAGUAAAAGAUACUUACUUGAGAAGGAACAUGGAUGAAGAUGGAUGGGUUCCAAUUCAUUUGGUUGCAGGCUUCAAAAUGGUUCGAUCUCUGACUGACAAUAUCCCUGUGAUAUUGGAUGCUUUGCGGUCAACAUCCACUGUGGUAGAAGUACAGGGGGAUAAGGUGAGGAGGCGAAAUGAUUAUAGCAAAUGGAUAAUGCUUCCUUCAACUCCAACUUCUAACGAUGUUGCCCCAUUAAGCCCCGCUAACUCCAGUCAAGAUUUGCUGGCUGCUGGUGUUCAGAAUAUUACGUUGGAGACUUAUAACAGUACAGACGUUCGGGGAGAUUUUAAAGUCGAGGCUCUGCAAAGUAGAUCACCUCGGAAUUUCAAUAGCCAGUCACAGCUCCCAGGUACAGGAAAUCCAAAUAUUGGCGCAGGUUUGGAUCACUCCUUUUCUGCGAGGAAAUAGACCUUGUACAUGAUGAAGCCCAUGCCUUUAUGAGUCCAAAAAAAAAAAAAACAUAUAUGGGUAAUAGAGACUGAGGAGAUAAGUUAUAACACCGUGUUCUGUUAAAUAUGGUGGCCUUCUUGAUACACGAUGAAUCUUUUUUCUCUCGUGUGGCUAGGUAAAGAAGGCAAACUGUGGGGAAUAAAGACGCAAAAUGAAGGUAGUUAAAAAAAAAGAGAGAGAGAGCAACAACUCUAAGAAGUUUAAAAAAUACUCAAAACAUUUUCUUUUAACGGCAACUAAAGGGAUCCAUUUAUUGUUUUGUGGGAUGUUGCCUUUGUUACAUAAAUUUAUUUCCUUUUUGUCUCCUUGAUGAUGGGCAUGUACUUCUAACCAUGGAGAAUCUUGAUUUUCGAUAUUCUCGGAGGCAAAGAACCUCAAGCCGUAGGGAACAAGACAGAAAUAGUACUGGAGAGGAAGUAAAGAUGCUGGCUGAUCUUCGUUGUCGUUAAUUUAGAGAGACUGGCUUUUCUUUGGAUGCUCUGAUUGCAGCUCUGCUCGAUCUCGAAGGCUUUUUUCUUUUCUUUUUUUCAUUUUUCUUUUUUCCUUUUCUCAAGACAUAUCUUCUGCUCUCUAAAUGUCAAAUGGAAUAACUUUGCAUAUGAUGUUUAACUUUUUGAAUAUUGGACUUGAUAAAUUGUGCCCGUCGGCGCAUCUUGAUGUGAACUUUAUUUUUCUUUCGGCA